AUGCUGGCAGCUUCCAUCUGUCGCGAGGUUCACUUCACGGUGUUGUCCGGCACGACCAUGGCAUCGCGCGUACCACGUUGCCUGUUCGGCAAGCCGAAUUCCCGUGAAACGGUGGAGAUGCUACAGGAGGCACUGGACGUGGAACGGAGCAGAUUCGCGAAACGUUGGGGCGUCGAUCCGUGCUCGGAGGACAAGGAGAACAAUUACCAGAGGAAGCACGUACAGGACAAACACGAGCCGUCGCCGAAGAAACGUUGCAAUCCGUAUUCCAGACAGACCAAUAUUCACGAUUACUGGCGAGCCCGAAAAGUGUGCGAGGUGAAUAAAAAGCCCCUUGGAUCGUCGCUGGAUACUGGAAAGCAGCAGACGGAUGCCACGAAAACGGCCAAGACGAUCGUCAAGUCGUCGAAAAAAACUGCCCAGAAUUGA